GGUACUGAUGGUCUGGAACCGAAAUAUCGGCAUAUUCCAACUGCCCAAGGGGCGCAAAAAUUUCGACGAGGGGUACCUCGACGCCGCCCUGCGUGAGACUGCUGAGGAGACAGGUGUAGCCACUCAACCACUGCAGCUGAAGUUCGGGUCCAGAUCAACGCCACCAAAGUCGGCGCAGACCAAGAUCAGAGAUAUCGACUAUGGUGUCGAGGAUAAGUACACGGGAAUUACAAUGGGCCUCAGCAACGAGACUAUCGGUGUAAGCGAAUGGUAUGUGAGACAGCAUCGCAUGGCUUCCCUCCGCAGUACGUUUCUAAGCUCUCAGUCACGCCUUUCUUACCGCCUCCCCAGGAAGGCAUUUUUUGUUUUCGCGAAACAGAAUAUUAACACAGGUCUAGAUCCGGACCCGGCCACCGGUGCGUGGAGACAUAUCUACUGGUUCGCGGCCGAGCCGUUACACGGUAUCGAACGUGACGAGGGCCUGAUGUCGGAAGAAGACCAAGAAAAGUUUUCGACUCACUGGUUCGACGAGGAGAGAGCCGUCUCCAACCUGAAGCUCAAGGAUGAAAAGUUCAGUAAGUCAAUUGCGAUGACAUACGCUCCCUCGCUCGCUCUGUUAGCCGUUCCAGCCUUGUAGUCUCCAGCCGCUGAGUCGAGGCCAAUGCGACUUGUCGGAUCCUUUGGGAACCAGGAGUCGGGCUAACGAUUGUCUGCUUCCCGUUAUAGUGGUCAAGCUGGCGUUUGCUUAUCUCCGUCACACGCAGAAAGGCGGCGCAGUGGGCAAUCCAAAGCUGGACGACGAAGAAGCAAGGGAUGACAAGGCCCAGUCCCUAGGAGGUAAAGUAAUUGUUGAGAACAGCCAGGAUACGGUGGUCUGAUCUCCGAGUGGAGAUACAACUGGAUCGAUGGGGAAUAUCUACCUAUCUCACCGGCUGUCAGCCACGGGACGAGACGAACUGAGUUGCCCCCUGACUGGAGUUAGAAGCAGCCCGGGGAGUAAGGGGGGGGGGUGGAAUUUCGAUUAUGUAUUAACAUAUGUAUACUAUCGUUUACCGGCAAAAGUUGUUGGAGUACUUGGCCAGGUAGUUGCAUACCUACCUAGUUAGCAUCCAUUCGCUACCAGCGUCUCGGUGUGAAGCCAUGGCGGUAUGGACUUGAGCAGGUCUCAGAUUUGGACGACGUAAUAAGAAGAAGGGGUAAGGUUGUCAGCCCUACAGCCCCUAUCCGCUUAUUUGUUGGUACGAGGGAUGCUGCUCGGG